AUGUCUGGACGAGAAUGCGGCAAGAAGAAACCCCUGAAGUAGCCCCAGGGGAAGGACUAGGAAGAUGAGGCAUUCAAGCAGAAACAAAAAGGGCAGAAGAACACUGAGCUGGAAGUGAAGGCUUUGGGGAAGGUCCCUCUGACCACAGGUGAAAUUAAGAAAUCUGGCCAAAAGUGA